AUGACAGGGCCGUCUACAGGUAGGGAUGCUACUGCUGGUACUACAGCAAAAAAGAAAAGGAAGCCCAGGGAGACUGUGGUCCCUCCACAAAUGAGCACCCGUUCCAAGUCAAAACAAAAGACCCAAAUCAACCAGUCUCCCGGUGCCAGUCUUGUUGACUGGUAUAAAAAGAGGAAUUCACUUCAGCCUGAUGCCGAAAAAUUUGUCAGCAAGCUCAAGUCCAAAUAUUUCACAAUAGAGGGAAAUGAUUCUUAUCUAAAUUGGCAAGUUUUUGGAGGUUUUGCUGGGGCAUGCUUCAAUGCCCCGCCGUCCAACGUAUGCUUCUUGAAUGGAUUGCUAGAUCAAGGGCCCAACAAAAUCGGACCAGCAGCGAAUGGAUUGCUAGAUGAAGGGCCAAAAAAAAUCAGUCCAGUAGAGAAAGGUGCACCUGCCGCCACAAUAAUGCGUGAAGAGGGGGCACCCUUAGAUUAUUGGAAGCCAUCCUCUCCAACAAGAAGGAGAAGAGACAUUGAUAAUGGUGAGCAAAGUUGGGCGCAGCAGCUGAGAAUGAAGAGGGAGUUGCAACCUUUCAUGGCAGGGAAAGAGUCUGAAGAGGUGGGAGAAAACUUUAAUGAAUUUCUGACAGGUCUUGACAAAAUGUUACAACCCAAAGCACACGAAGAAGAAGCAGUUCAAAGCUCGAACUGA